UCAAAUUCCAAUGUCCGGUCUAUAGAGCAAGACCAUCAGAAAUUAUUAGGCCCAUAAAAAUUGCAAUCCAGCUUCAGGCAUUCAGAAAUAAAAUUAGGGCUCUUCCCUUUCCCCCAAUUAAGCCAUUUGUCUAAUUCAACAAAUUCUGGCAUAAACCCUGGACCCUUGUAAGGCCCCUUUGAUUGCAGUGGGAGCAUUCCCGAACUCCGAGAGUUCUCAAAACUAGAAUUUUAGCCUGGGAGAGUCAGAGUAGAGUUGAGGAAAAGAUAAGACGAAGAAGAAAUGACAGAAAACAACUUAGGAACUGAUGUUUCUCCCAACGUGACCAUCUACAUCAACAAUCUCAACGAAAAAAUCAAGCUCGACGAGUUAAAGAAGUCGCUUAAGGCAGUGUUCUCUCAGUUCGGGAAGAUAUUGGAGGUUUUAGCUUUCAAGACGCUGAAGCACAAAGGGCAAGCUUGGGUGGUCUUCGAAGACGUGUCUUCCGCCACUAAUGCACUUCGCCAAAUGCAGGGCUUCCCCUUUUACGACAAGCCUAUGCGAAUACAAUAUGCCAAAACGAAAUCAGAUGUAGUUGCUAAGGCUGAUGGUACUUUUGUUCCGCGGGAAAAACGAAAGAGGCAUGAAGAAAAGGGGAAGAAGCGAAAAGACCAGCAUGAUCCUAAUCAAGCUGGAAUGGGUCUGAAUCCUGCUUAUCCUGGUGCCUACGGUGCAGCACCUCCAAUGUCACAAAUACCUUAUCCUGGCGGUGUAAAAUCUAUUGUACCAGAAGCUCCUGCUCCGCCAAACAACAUACUGUUUGUUCAGAAUCUUCCCCAGGAGACACAACCCAUGAUGCUCCAGAUGCUCUUUUGUCAAUAUCCUGGUUUUAAGGAAGUUAGAAUGGUGGAGACAAAGCCUGGUAUAGCCUUUGUGGAGUAUGGAGAUGAGAUGCAAUCAACGGUUGCAAUGCAGGGGCUCCAAGGUUUCAAGAUGACACAGCAGAAUUCAAUGUUAAUUACCUAUGCUAAGAAAUAGGCAAAAUGCAACCUUUACUGUUUUAUGGUUGCUUAAUGAACUUCGAGCUUCGGUCCUAACUGGAAUCUUAUCAAUCUUUUGAGUUGUCGUAUAUUGAGUGAGACAUUUUUCCUGCGUUUUUAUUAUUCUAUUAAGAGGAAAAGAAAAUGGAAAAGAAGUGAAUAUAGAAGAGUUAAUUUGGUUUUUCUA